AUGGAGACCAAAGCUGCUGCUGGUCGUGGGGACAACUUGUGUCGUAGUCUGCCUUUUGAUCAUGUUUUUGAAGUCCCAAGAAUAGGUCUAGGGGGUCUUUUGAUUUUCUGGACUUCAGAUGUAUCUGUUAAUAUUUUGAAUUCCUCUAUUAAUCAUGUUGAUUAUAUUAUAACUUUUAAUGACAAUAUAAGUACUCAUGUUUUGUGUUACUAUGGUUCUCCAUAUAUUAUUGAUAAAAUGAAUUCGUGGUUGCUCUUAGAAAGACUUUUUGAUAACGCUCCUUUACUUCCUUGGCUUAUCCUAGGCGAUUUCAAUGAUUAUUUAUCCAUAAGUGACCAUUCCAGUUGUUCUAAUCUCCCUAGCUAUGCCAUGACCCAUUUUCAACGUUUUGUUAGUAAAUUCUCCCUAUUACCUUUAAACCCGAUUGGCUCUAAGUUCACUUGGAAACAUGGCACCGUGUGUGAAAGACUGGAUUGGGGAGUUGUUAACCAUACUUGGCAACAAACUUUCCCUCACACUACUCUUUACCAUUUGGGAUUUUAUGGAUCGGAUCAUAGAGUUCUUAGGAUAACUCUUAAUGAUGAUAGUAUGCCCCAUUUUGGCCAAGUUCCUACAACUCUUAACUCUUUUCUCCUCAAGCAGCAAGCUUGUGUGGAUGACAUAAAAAAUUGGAACGUGGGAUUUAACAGUCUUUCUCGUAGAAUUCAUGCAUUAGAAAAUUCCAUUAAUGCUAUUCAUUCCAACCUGCCCCUUUCUAGUGAUAAGGUUCAACGUGCGUCUGCUUUGCAAUCUCAGUUGGAUUCAUUUCUUUAUAAGAAUGAAAUCCUUUGGAAGCAGCGAUCCAAAAUUCACUGGUUGCAGGCUGGAGAUAAAAAUACUAAAUAUUUCCAUAGUAAAGCUACUGAUUCCAAUAGAGAUGCUACUCAAUACCUCCUCUCUGCCAUUGAUAAAUCGUUGGAUAUUCAUCAAAUUCAAUUCCUUGACUCUCCUUUUGAUGCCCAUGAAGUUAAGCAGGCUUUGUUUCAACUUUCUGGUGACAAGGCCCCUGGACUUGAUGGUCUCAAUCCGGCCUUUUAUCAAAAGAAUUGGCACAUUAUUGGGCAUGACCUCAUUGCUGUCAUCCUUGACACUCUUAAUAACAAGGCUAAUUUCUCUUCCAUCAAUGAUACUCUCAUUAGUGUUCUUGGUAAUCUUAUUUCCCCUUUUCAAAGUGCAUUCCUGUCUGAGCGUAUUAUUUUUGACAACAUAUAUAUUGCUCAGGAAGUUGUUCAUGCAAUAAAUCACCAAAAGCAUGGAAAGUUUGGUUGGGUUGGUCUUAAGCUUGACAUGGAGAAAGCGUUUGAUCGUGUGGAAUGGGAUUUUCUUCUGGCCAUUCUUAACAAGUUCAAUUUUCCUACAAAAUUCAUUAGUUUAAUUCAUCAAUGUAUAUCUUCUGUUACAAUCCGUUUUAAUAUUAAUGGUCAAAUUUCUGAUUCUCUCCAUCUGUCUCGUGGCAUUAGACAAGGGGAUCCCUUGUCGCCUUAUCUCUUCCUCUUAUGUUCGGAAGGCCUUACUGCUGCCCUUCGUCUUCAGGAGCAAAGAGGAUCCUUUAGGGGUAUCUCUGUUGCUCGUACGGUUCCUUCUGUUUCUCACUUACUUUUUGCUGAUGAUACUCUUCUUUUCACCAUUGCCUCUCCUUCUUCUUGUAAUGCUCUUAAGGAGGCUCUCACCAUCUAUAAUUUAGCUACUGGUCAAAAAGUGAAUUAUGCUAAAUCUUCCAUUCUUUUUUCUCCCAAUACUCCCCCCAUAUCAAUGCUUAUUUUUUCGACACUUUAG